GAUCCAGCCUGACGUCUAAGUAAAGUGAGUUUUUGGAGAAGUCAAGCAAACCCCGCUGGCCAACAGAUAUCUCCCUGUUGUUGGCAUUUGGGGAAGGCUUGGCAAUCGGGGAAGGGGGUCAACCUCUUAUCAAGUCUGACCGAACAGGACAAAUCAUUCCGACUGGUGUGCAAUGUCUCUUUCACGGGGGGAAAUUCGCCCAGAGGGACUCGCUCGGGAAAGUGUGACGCAAUGGGUUAUGCAAGGCUGUUUCAAACUGUUCGGAAACUCCACUGCGGGUUUGCAGUUGGGACUCCGCAGAGGUUGGCAUUCGAGUUUCUUCGGGGCAAGGAAAUUUCCAGGAUUUUCGGUACCUUCGAGCUUCUUUCCCAUACUGCUUGGAAGCAGAGGAGCCCGGCUUUACGCUCGAAAGACAAAUAUAAUAAGAGCCGAGAGAAGGUUCCUCCUCCCGAGGAAGUCUCUGCGCUUUCCUUGCGGAUUCAACGCCGAGGAAAUUAUAGGCAUGAUUGAGAAGAAGAAGAAUCUAUAUACAUGUCAAUAAACUUCUGUUAACUGCCCCUCGGACGCUCGAGAGAGAGGAGGGCAGAGCGGACCCCGACGCCUCUCCUGAUCGCUCCUGGAACCUGGGAUCCCCCUCCCCGUUGCCAUGUCCUACCCCCAGUUCGGAUAUCCCUAUUCAUCCGCACCUCAGUUCCUGAUGACCACCAACUCCUUGACCACGUGCUGCGAAACCAGCGGCCGGAGCCUGACCGAUUCGGCGGCAGCGGCGGCGGCCUCUGCGCAGGCGCCGGUCUACUGCCCGGUCUACGAGAGCCGGCUGCUGGCCACGGCCAGGCACGAGCUCAACUCGGCCGCCGCCCUGGGGGUCUACGGGAACCCCUACGCCAACAGCCAAGGCUACGGCAACUACGUCACCUACGGGACCGAAGCCUCCGCCUUCUACUCUCUGAACAGCUUUGAGUCCAAGGACGGGGGCAGUUCUGCGCAUGCGGGGAUCACUCAGGCGGCUGCUUACUACCCCUACGACCACACGCUGAGCCAGUACCAAUACGACAGAUACGGCACCAUGGACGGCAGCACCCGGAGGAAGAACGCCACCCGAGAGACAACCAGCACCUUGAAGGCCUGGCUGCAGGAGCACCGCAAGAACCCCUACCCGACCAAAGGCGAGAAGAUCAUGCUGGCCAUCAUCACCAAGAUGACCCUCACUCAAGUCUCAACCUGGUUCGCCAACGCCCGCCGUCGCCUCAAGAAGGAGAACAAGAUGACCUGGCCCCCCAGGAACAAGUGCGCCGACGAGAAACGGCCCUACGAGGAGGAAGAAGAGGAGGAGGAUGACGGGGAGGGGCAAGGAGGAGGAGGCCUCAAAAACGAGAAGAUGGCCGAUCCCGGAAGCAAGGAGGACAAGGAGCUGGGCCUGAGCGACCUGGACGACUACGACCCGCUGGAGUCAGAGGGCUCCGAGGGCGAGCUGAAGGCGCCUCCUUUUGGGCCUGUGGCGGAACCUUGCAAGGAGCCUCCCUCCUUGGGUGUUGGGACCAAGGGCUGCCUCAAGGACUCCGCGGAGAGCUGCGAGAGGAGUUGCGAGGCCAAGCCGUGUUACCAGCAGCAGCAACACCAGCAGCAGCAGCUCCUGGAGCCGGGCAGCAAGCCGCGCAUCUGGUCCCUGGCGCACACGGCCACCUCGCUCAACCAGGCGGAGUUCCCCUCAUGCAUGCUGAAGCGCCAGCAGGGGGCACCCUCUUCUUCCUCCUCGUCCUCUUCUUCCUCUUCGGCCGGCCCCGCUGCCCCUCCGGCCCCCAAGGACUCCCCCGUGGCCAACCUCAGGAACUGGGUGGACGGCGUCUUCCACGACCCGCUCUUCCGGCACAGUACUUUGAACCAGGCCUUGAGCAACACCGCAGUGUCUUGGGCCACCUCCAAGGGCGCCCUCUUGGAGAGCGGGGCCUUGGGGCGCUCCGCCGCCGCCGCCGCCGUGCUCAAGGGCCUGGCGGGGCCCCAGGACCCCGGCAAGGACUUCCUGGCCUUCCCCAAAGCCGGCAGCAAGAUGUUCUGCUCCUAACGGACCGGCCCCGCCCGCCUCCUCUUCCUCCACCUCCUCCCUCUUCGGGAUGAUGGGGAGGGAGUUCGGGGUCCGGGGGAAUGAAUGGGGGGGUCAACACAGACUUGGCUUCCAAGUAGCGACCUUUUUUCCAAACGUGCUUCAGUCCCUGGCCGCGUUUGAGGACAGAAAGAUAAGAGACUUCCUUUCGGAAGAGUCUUCCCCCGCACACACACUUGGCUUAAGGGAUCAACGUCUUCACUGUUAUUUAAGUCCAGAGCACGUUCCUCUAGAGAGCAGGCGCCGAUUUCCGGUUUACUUUGGGCAAGUUGUUUACAAGGCGCCACAUUCGGAUUCAGCGCCCUAAAGGGGAGGGUGUUGGGACCUGGUGGUCUCUUCUUUUCUUUGUUGAUUUGUGGCAUGCCAGAUUUAUGUUGUCUCAUCUCCCCCAAAACAACAACAAAAAGACUUUCCUCCUCGGACUUUUCUUUUCUCCCCCUUUUUCCAUUGUUCCCAUUCCUCCCACAGAACAAGAGGAAAACAAAAACAAAAAACAGAACCGCACUUCUUCCACCGACUUUUGACACCAUCGCGCGCACGCACACGAACAAACACGACAUUUGAACUUGGCCAAAUAAGCUAUGUCGAAAAAAAGGUUAUGUGCACUCCGAAUAAAUGGUUUGUCUCUCA